UUUUUUUUAAAUAUAUAAUAUUAAUAGUAUUGUUUUGUCACUAGUAGCUUUAUGCAAAUGAUGUGAAAAUAACUAUGUUUUCUUUUAAUUUUACAGCCUGAAAGUGGUAGUGAAUUAGAUGAUAGUCAUCAUGACCCUGAUUGGAUGGAUAAUGAGGUUGAGAAAGCUAGUGAUACAUCAGAAAGUGAGAUUAGUCUGAACCAGGCAUUUAUGUCCAUCACAGAGUGGAACCCAUUGGAAAUAAAGAUAGAGUGUACUGAAAAGUUUCAGAAUGUCUUGUCAGGAGAAGAAAUCAGUGAUGAAUUAAGAAAAGUGGAAGAUACACACUUACAAGAAGACACAACUGAUAAGACUGAUGUGUGUGAUGCAGCAACAAUAAUUGAUGAUGAUGUAAAGAAGGCACAGAAUACAGUAUUAUUACAGGAUACAAGAGAAAAGAAUCACAUCCCCGAUUCUUUGGACGAGAAAAAGGGCAUUGCAACCAGAAUCUUUAAGACAUGUGAAGGCUUAAGGCAGAAAAUGAAAAGAAAAAAGGCUGACUGUUCACCAGAAGCUGCUAAGCUACCCCAAAAAAGAUCAAGAAGAGUAUCAGAGAUUUUCAAAGUUGGAGAUAAGGUCAUGGCUUUAUGGGUGGAUGGAAUCCUGAGCUGAAAAUACCAUGACGCAAGAAUUGUAAAUGUUAUUUCUUCAGACUUGUUCAAAGUGAGAUACACUGAAGAUGAUGCUGAAAGGUUUUUAAAUAAAAAGGACAUACAGAGAAUAUAAAGGGAUUAAUAUCACAGUCAAAUUUAGUAAACCCCAGGACCAGCCAUAAACAAAGAAGCAUUAUUUAAGAAAUAAGAUAUCCCUAACAGUGAUUUUAUCGCUCAAUACCAUCACUGUUUGGAGUUUGGAUCCAAGGAAUUAUAUCAUGAGGGCUUAGCCUGAGUGAUAUAAUGAUGCGCAUCUGAACGACAAACAGUGAUGUUAUGAAGCGAUAAAAUCACCGAUUUGGAAAUAUUUAUUUUGAUUCUAACACGACGUCAACAAACAAAUGCUGCUGUACCUGAUAUUUAGCAAAAUUGUCUCGGAUUUGUUUCCGUACUUAAUUUAAGCGCGUCGGAUUCUUUUAGUGGUUACGUCACAUAUAAAAUGAUUACGUCACAUAUCUAAAUCUAAAACGUCAACUGUUACUCUAUUGCAUAAUAACACACACUUUCGGUUCUUCUAUAUUCAAUAGUGAAAAUGAGGGUCGUGUUAGAAUCUUGUAUAAUAUAUAAUAAAAAUCUAUGUUAAAAUGUAUUAUUAUUUUAGAUAUUUAUUUCUGAAUUAAAUAUGUAAACCUUGUUAAGACCCAAGCUUGUUAUUUAUAUUGUUUCUUGCACCCACACAUUGAAGGUCAAGUGGCAACAUUCCAGCUUUACUGGUGGAGGAAGACUAAGGAGCCCCUCCGUGCAUUAUUUCAGGCACAAGCAGCACCUGAGAAGAACCAAGGACAUAUAAUAAGAUUCCCUUAUCUUAAGAUAGCAGAAUGCUUCCUAAUGCUAAAAAAGAAAUGGGUUUAAAGUUAUUGGAAAUGACAAGUCUGCCACAGUACCCCUUUAUAAAUGAGACUCUGAGAAGUAACUAAGAAUUAUUGAAACCAGAUUAGGCUCCCAAAUAUGUUUGCUAGCAGAAAAUUACUUUCAAGAGCUUCUGAAGUUCAUGUUCUAAUAGUUGAAUCAUUUAUUAUCAAGCAUAUUGAAAGAUUUGAUUAAAAAAAGUAUGUAAUUCUUUGCAAGCAGAGUAGAUUAAGCAAAAUUUACUAGCCUUAUGUCUUAUCUGCCAAUGAUAAGUCCAAAAUUUCUACUAAUGAAGGGUUAUAGAAAUAUAUAGUGUACCGGUGACAAAUCUCAAUUUUAGUAUUAUGUUAUCACAUCAGCUGGAUACAUUAAGUAUUGGCAUUGUAAUAAAAUGUCGGUCCAGUUCUUUUCACAGAAAAUACUUCUCUACUUUACAGGCAAGUUUGUUCUGUGAUCAUAUAUGUGCAUUAUUGUUAUAACAAAUUAAAGCAACUGUGUACACUUCAAAUAUAAACAUAAAUGCUACAGUUAAAACUGUCCACUAAUUAGGGAAGAGGAUGUUAAGCCAGAUAAGUCGGUAGCUGCCGGAUGGUGCUCUGAGGUGCCCUCAGGGUCCAAGAGAGGACUCCCAUAUGGGCUGCACAUGUUACUCACCCUACAACAUUUGGCACCCGACAUGGGGCUGUGACUGCAUAUGGUCACAAAUUAAAUUCACAUUGCUCUGUUACCCUGACAAAUUUAAGGACAAUCUUCAAUAAAGCAGGGACUUUCAGGGUUUAGAACUGACUUUUUGGGGUAAAAGAUGUGUAACCGCCAAGAAAUCUUAAUAGAUAGAGAUUUAGAGAUGUGGAAUGGGGUUCAAGGGUCUCGGGUUUUGUAUCUUGUCAGGUUGCGCAUUUUUCUUAACUGGUAACAUGAUUUAUUUGCUGAAUAUAAAAAAUUUGAAUGUAUCUUCAGAAACUAAUAUGCCUUAACUUGUGCUUAGAUUAUUGUACUAUUCAUUUUACAGUCAGUACAUCAAAAAAUGAAUAAAAUUCUUUAUUUAGAAUGUUUAAAUAUCUCUCAAAACAAAUCCUAUAUUAUUCACUUUGAAACAUAAUAAUGUAUAAAUGCAAUACAAGUAUUUAGAUACCAUGACUGACUGGACCAAUAUUAUGUACUAUUCCAUGGUCUCUACUAUUUUCCAGUUGAAAGAAAAAGAACUUGUACCCUGAAGGGACUUGGUCAGAAUAUUGCAUCCUUGUUAAUACAUGUGCUUGAAAAAUUCCGUAUGACAUUAUUCUUGUGAGCUUAUGGUUCAGCUCAUUGAUGUUCAGUUUGUUAAACAAAUCGGCAUAUAUCAUGCCUUUGGCCAAUUUGUUUGUUUCAUUUUUUACGCCUUUUCCCAACAGUAUUUAAGGAAUAUACGCGGGUAGUUUCCUAACCAUCGUUCCUGGAGAGUUACACCAGUACUAGACUACCUUCUACCACAGUGAAGAAUAUGGCCAAGACAAUAUUAAAAUAUUAGCAGUACAAUUUUUUAAAUUACAUUAUAAAUCACUAGCUCUAAUAUUUACCAUUAAUCCACGUUUCAUCUAAAAUUGAUAGAUAUAUUGAUAUAAUUAUGUAAUAUUUAGUCAAUGUCUGUUACAAAAAUGUUGACGUUGAAAAUUGUGACAUUAAGGGUACAAUUUCGGACCUCUCUCUAGCUAUGAUCAUUUUCAGAAUAAACAAUAGAAUAAUAAACAUUCCAGUAUAAUUAUGCUGCUGGAACUUUGUAUAUUAGAUUAGAAAUAAAACUAAAGCAAUUAUCUGGAUUGAUUAUAUGUAUAUGAAAAUCAGUCCAGAUACAUAGUUUG